UGACCAGCUCUGGUCACACUGUGUCUGUCUGCAAAAUAUUUUAAACAAAAAGUGAUUUUAAAGAAGUAAUUCGACGGUAACUAACGCCUAUAUAAGGACCCAAUCCGGUUAACUAACAUUUGGCCAGCACAAAGUGUCUGCAUACCGCAUGCCAGCCCAGUUUUUGCAGUGCCACCGUUCUGUCUGUCGUUCUGUCUGCUCCCACUAUCACCCUCUCCCUCUCACGCACACUCUCCCACCAUCUCUGUCGCUCUGCUUUCGGCUUCGUUUGCGAGAGACGACCUUUUCGUGCAUUUCCACACAUAAAUAUCUAUUCCAUACCCCGUUUCACUCUUUUUGUGCAAAAAAAAAAAAUAUGUGCGUGCUGCUGCUGGCAACCGUUUCGCGUGGAUCUUUGUGCGAAAUUCGUGUAGUUAAUUAAAGUGCAUUCAUUCGCCUUGCGUUGCGUGUGUGUGCGUUUGUUUGUGUGUUUGUGCAACAUGCGGCAGCUCGAAGAUGAUGCCGCCGCUGCCGCCCUAAGACAACCAACAACAAGGUACAACAACAAGAAAGGACGCCUGCAGCUGUACGCCCACGCCCAUGUCCAUAUCCAUGUUAAUGCCCAAAAAAAGAGUGCAAGUACCGUUUUAUAGUACGCGUAGUCAUGCCAACAACAACAACAACUACAACGAGCACAACAGAAGAGCAUAGCGAUACGUCAAUGGCGUCCAAGGCGACAAAGACUGAAGAAUUUACCGCUAACAACAAAACAACAACAAAACCAACAAGAGGAGGAGCCCCAGGAGCCCUGCCAGACGAUUCUACUGUAGCAGCAGAGCAAGACCCCAAGUUGCCUCUGCCAGCGCCAGCGCCAACGCCAACGCUGCUGCCUCUGCUGGCCUCGGCCGCCGCCUGCAACAAACAGCUGCUGUUCUGCCGCCGCUUUAAGGACAAGCCAGAGGCAAAUAGUGUGGGAUUUUUACGUAACUUCAACUCCCUGCCCCUCUUCGUCUACGCAACGUCACCGUCGACGCACGCCAGCUCUGCGGAUGGUGUGGGAGUGGCCCGGGAGGCGGCUGCCUUCAUUCAAAAGAAUGACGUCUUCGAAGUACCCGCAACGCAUGGCAUCGGCACCAGCACCAGCCACCACCUCAGUCAGAGCAACGGCGAGGGGAACGGCCACGUAAGCGGCAAGCUAGCGGGACAUUUGCGCACCACUGAGCUGGCCAGCGGGGCCAUGGAGUGCCUGCCCAUGAGCAGUGCCGGCCAUCAUCUGCCGCAUCUGAUGUCGAGCGGUGCAGCGGUGGGGGUCGGGGCAGUGGCUGCCUCGCCCACGGCCACAGUGGUGGUGGGGGCAACGUAUCCGCAUCAUUUGCACCACCAUCAUCCCCUGAGCCACCACACGCCGCACUACAGCAACAGCUACGGGAGCCAUCACAUCCACGGGGAGCAGACAAAGUCGCUGCAGGAGCUGCAGCACGAGGUCGGUGCUCUGCUGGAGUUCCGGGAUUUGGUGAUUGAAACGUUUCCCGAUCUCAAGCAUAAAAUGGCCUCCAUGUCGGCCAGGCCCUCGACACCCACCUCCUCAGUGGGCGCCAUGGGCGGCAGUCAUUCCGUGGGCGGUGGCAGCUCAUCGUUAGCCACAAGACGCGAAUGGGAGCCGGGCAUACGCAUGACGCGUAAACUCUCGCACAAGGAACCGUCCACAACGUCAGCGGCUGUGGCACCGUCCAGGGCGGAGCCAUCGUCCUCGUCGCUGACGCGCAGUCGCAGCAAUUCGCACAGCGGCAAGAAAGAGCCAAAGAGCGGAGAGAACAACAACGGCAGCGUUGUGCAGGAUUCCGGCUUCUCAACGGAGACCAGUUCCUCCAAGGAGGGUCACAGCGCCUCCUCCACCAAUGGUGCUAUGACGGUGGCCAUUGCAGCGAAUCGCUUGAGCGGUUCCGAGUCCGACGAUGAGCUCUUCAAUCUGCUGGAUGUCAUUCACCGCAGAUCGAAUCGCGUGCUCGAGAAAGUGGAGCAGCUGCAGAGCAAGAGCUGUGCGGACGAGGCGGGUGCCAGUGGACUGACGCAGAAGCAAUUCCUCGAGCAGGUGGAGCGACUGAAUCGCGAGGACUUCAAGCAGCUGCGCAAGGAGCGCGACCAGCUGCUCGACAAGCUGGCCGAAAUGGAGGCGGAAACGCUGACGGCACGCAUCAAGGCGGCCAAGAUGAGCGAUCGCAUGGAGGAGAUGAUCAGCGUGAAGAAGGAUAUCGAGGAGCAGCUGAAGCUGGCGCUGGCCCAGAAGCUGGAGCUGAGUCUGCGCGUGCAGCAGUUGCAGCUGCAACAAAGCAAAAGCUCUUCCAGCACCAGCCAAUCGGAUUACUCCAGUCAACGCAACUUUCUAUCCUCAGCGACGACGGUGCUCUCGAAUGGCAGUCGCCCGAGCAACAGCAGCAGCAGCAACAACUUUAUCAACAGCAACAACACAUUCCAGCCGGUCGUCGUCGAUCAGCCAGCAGCAGCAGCGCAGGAGUCAGCAUUCCAUCAAAGCUCAGGCAGUGAUACAACGUCAAGGAGGCAGCAGCAGCAGCCACCACCAUUGGGCCGCUUGGAUGGCAUUGUGAGCACGCCGGGUGCGCGUAACACCAAGUGCCGGCUCACAGACACCAAACGCUUCUCGGCCAUACUGCUGGAGACGAAUGUGCUGGAGCUGCAGCGGCAUUUGCUCACCCUGUCCGUGCAGAAUCAGGUGCUGGCCCAGAAGCUGGACACGUCCAGCAAGUCCAAGACGCUGCUGGCCAAGCGGCUGGACAAGAGCAGCGAGGAGUUCGAGCACAUGCGCUUCCAGCUGGAGGAGAAGAACAUCGAGCUGGAGGGCACCAAGGCACAGCUGCGGCUCGUCGAGUCGCGCCUGCAGGCGAACAACAGCAGCGCCAAUUCGUAUUUGAACUCGUCGCAGCAUGACUACGAGACGAAUCGCUCGUCGGCCUCCACCACGCUGAUGCUGAGUCGCCGCGGAGUGCCCGAUUCGGUGGACUCCAGCUCCACGGCCAUGCCCGCACCGCCAGUCACACAGAUCAGCACGCCCAGCAUGAAGGCCAUGGUGCCGCUGGCCAUGGACGAGCUGCAGCACAGCAGCAGCACCGAGUCGGCCCACGAGCAUGAGACACCCGGCCAGGGCCAGGCCCUGCACUGCACGCCCACUAACAACAACAACUCGACGCUGAGGAAGAGCAUCAUCAAUGCCGGCAGCCCCUGUCCGCUGGGCAGCAGCACGCCCAGCAACAUUGCGGCUCGUGUGAUGAGCACCAGCGUGGGCGGGGUCAGUCCUUUCGAGCAGACGCCGCCGGCGCGACAGAAUGCCUUCCGUAAGUUCGGAAGUGCCAGCAAACCGAGCAAGAUACCGCUGCCGGGUAGCAAGGCGGCGGCGUAUUUUGCCGGCAAGCCGCCCACGGGAAGACCCUCGACCGGGGGACGAUCGCCGCCGUCGGCGCAGAACUCCAGCAGCACCUCGUACGGCAGCAAGUCCUCGCUGAGUCGCAGCACAGGCAACCUGCAGAGCCUGCGGCGUGCCGACUCCGCCUCCAAUCACUCGCUGAGCACGAACACCAGUCGGAGCUCGACGUCGUCGUCGAUACCGCUGGCCACCACACCCUACUCCUCCGGCUCGACGGGCAAUCGCAGUCAGUCGCAGAUGGCAACCACAACUCCGUCCCCGCGUGUGCUGCAGAACUCGCCGCUGCCCAAGCUGAAGCGUGACACGAUCAGCUCUCGGGUGCGGCACUUGGACUCGCUGUCGCGUGCCCAGCACUCGCCGGAGUUGCCCAAGGGCGGCAACGGCUCCUCCUCCGCCUCCGCCUCCAUUGCAGCCCAGCUGAGCACAACGCUGCGCAAGGAUCUCCAGCUGCAGAUGGCCAACUCCGCGGGUGUGCCCUACCAUCACAGGCGUGGCGCUGCGGGCGCCUCGUCGGGGGGCAGCGAGCGUGCGCCGUUGGGCGUGUCGCGGCGGUACAGCAGCGCCUCUGUGGGCGGCGCUGGCAGGUUGGGGCGGGAGCAGAACGAAGCUCUGACUCUGGCCAGCAGCACGCCCACGUCCAGCUAUGGCGGCGGCGGUGGCGGCGACAGUGAUAGUGGCAAGAAUUUGGCCAAGCCUGUUGACAAGCCAAAUUUCCGUUUCAAUAACCACAAUUGGCAACGGCAGCUGUGGCAAACGAGCAACCAGAGCCAGAACCACAACAAUACCAAUAACAGCGGCAUGAAGUUGGUUCUGGAUCAUCAUCUGGAUAUACACGAUGUGUCCGAGGAGACGGCCUACGAUUCGUAUUACACAGAAUACACCACGCCCGACUCCAUGGACUGUGGCAGUGCCAAUCUGCUGGUCACCUUCGACUAUGGCUACAGUGACUCGAUUGAGGCCAGAGCUGUGGAGCCCCCGAGCAUUGAUGCUGCAGCUAAGGAGGAUCGGGGCGAGGUGGCCCUCUGGUUUGGUCCGCCACCAAACGAUGCAAAACCCUUCGAGGUACAUCAUGUGCAGCACAAGAUUGAGCAUCUUGAGAGUCUGCAGUCACUGAUUUCCUACGAUGUAGAUGAUUUUGAGGAGGAGCAAUCGGAGACAGAGCCAGAGCCAGAACAGGAUGAGGAGAUCUUCUAUGAUAGCAUUGAGUGCACUUGAGCGAAAGACCCUUUAUAAGUAGUACAUGGAUAUGGGGCAGGUGUUGGAACAAUCAUAUCUAAACUAGUCUAUUUUCCGCAAUAAUUUGUUUUCACCCCGAAACACCCCUCCCCAAUUGUACGGACAACUUUCUUAUGGAACUAUAUAUUUGAUGUAUGAUUUAGUUUGAGAAUGUAUAUCCCUAUGUGUAUGUAGUUAUGUAACGUACUGUAUGUAUGCCCGAGGGCAGAUUGUAAGAUGUGAAUUGUGACUGAAUUUGUAUGGAUCGUCAUGCUCUGUGGUGUUUGAUUAACCAUUCAGGGCUUUAGUCUAUACGCAUGAUGGUUUCUUCGACUAUUUAUUAUUACGCAACUGAAUUAAAUGUUAUAGCCAGCCAGUUCCCCUCCCCCAUUAUUUAUAGCGUAUAUUGUGUGCGUCCUUGUGUAAGAGUCUUAAGUUAAUUACGUAGCACCUGCUGCUUAUUUACUCAAACUAACUUUUAAAUUGUAACUCGUACUAGGCUCGUGUGCCGGCUAAGUAGCUUAGUUUGUUAAUCAAAUUUAGUUAACGCAUUGCAUCUAAUGUAUGUAUGUACAGUUUGAAUUAUGUAUCUAUACCCAACCUACCAAUGUAUGAAUUAUACUUAAGUCGGAGGCAAAUGUAAUAGGAUCCACGAGUAUCUAUCGUAUGCAUCUAUCAUGUUAUCACGAAACUGCGUUUACUACAUUUAUAAACAACAAAGCAACACCACAACAGACACACACACAGAAAGUGGCAGAUGUUUGAUUCAUAUUAAAGCUAAUUAUAACACAACAACAACAAAUAUAUAUUCAAAAGGCAGCAAAUGUAGACAUGCAUACAUAUAUCCAUUCAAACAGCAAUUGUAAUUGAUCAACACGUAUAUGACAACAAGAAAUACAAAAACAAA